GCGUUGUUUGUUUGCUUCCUCGAAGAGUAAACGUCGUUUACUUCCCCGAAGUUAGGUAACGCAGAUGCGCUCUAGAGUAGAGGGGGAGAUUGUAGAGGAAGGGCUGAGACGCGCCAGACUUUUCGGAGGGAAAAAAGUUCUCAAUUUUUGUAAUUUAACCGGCUUCGGAGUGGCUGGAGGGACUCAGGCUAUUAGGCAAGCUGAGCAACUCGUUAGCCUCUCGCGGAGUGGCGGGUUGUUCCAGGAAGGCCCUGCCCUGUUUGACCCGCGGCAGUCUUGUUGAGGUAUUAAAGGCGCCUCGGCGGGGAGAGGGCCCUGCGCCUCUGCGCCUUCCCUGGAAGCCACGGCGCCCCUUCUUGGUCACGAUGGAACUGAGGUCUGAGAUGACCAAUGUACCCCCGGCGCCCUCUGCGGUGCCCCCCAGUUCGGUGGCGGCAGCGGCGGCGGCGGCGGCGGCAGCGGCCAGCCUGCCGGUGAGCGUGGCCGGGAGCCUUCUGCGAGCCCCGCCGCUGCUCCUGAGGGCUGCCGAGAAGUAUCCGCGCACCCCCAAGUGCGCUCGCUGCCGCAACCACGGCGUGGUGUCGGCGCUCAAGGGCCACAAGCGCUACUGCCGCUGGAAGGACUGCCUGUGCGCCAAGUGCACGCUGAUCGCCGAGCGGCAACGCGUCAUGGCCGCCCAGGUGGCGCUGCGGCGGCAGCAGGCGCAGGAGGAGAACGAGGCCCGCGAGCUGCAGCUGCUCUAUGGCACGGCCGAGGGGCUGGCCCUGGCCGCGGCCAACGGCAUCAUCCCGCCGCGGCCCGCCUACGAAGUCUUCGGCUCCGUGUGCAGCACCGAUGGAGGCUCGGGGGCUUCAGAAAUCAAGAUGCAGAAAUUUGACUUGUUCCCCAAGACGCUUCUCAACAGCCGCUCCGCGACCCCUCAACACAACAAGCCUUUAACGCCGGAUGGGACGGACGGCGCGCCAGGCACCUCAUCCCCGGAGCUGACUCGUCACGGCUGUGGCUCGGGCUCGGAGAACGGCGACGGCGAGUCUUCGGUCAGCUCGCCAGUCUCCAAAGGCGCCAAAGAUGGCAGCGGGGGCGGCGGAGCAGAGGAGGAGAGCACAGGCUCCGUCAGUCCGCUGGGCUCCGACUCGGGUUGCUCUGAGGCAGAACGGGACGAAGCAGGUGCCCCCUCGCCUGGUUUGGCCGCUGCUGCCGCGGCCGCCGUGGCGGCGAGCAGCCGGCAGCAGCGGACGCCGUUGGACAUCCUGACGCGCGUCUUUCCCGCGCACAAACGCAGCGUGCUGGAGCUGGUCCUGGCCGGCUGUGGCGGGGACGUGGUGCAGGCUAUCGAGCAGAUCCUUAACAACCACCACCACCACCACCACCACCACCACCACCGGGGAGCAGGCGGCAGCCCAGGCCAAGGACUUUCCGCCGCCUCUGGACUCAGCUCGAUAGGGCCGGACAAGGCGAGCGAGGAGACCUGGGCGCGGGCUGCUGGAGACGCGCCGGGGACCUUGGCUGGCCUUCAGCCUUCAUCGGCUGGCGGCACCUCGCAUCACCGCCCUCUUUUGGCCGGCGCCAUGACCCCAGCCAUUGGCGCGCUGGGCAGCCGUUCCGCCUUCUCGCCUCUGCAGCCCAACGCUACCCAUUUCGGGACGGCGGCUGAGGCCGGGGCCUAUCCCCUAGGCACGCACUUGAGUUUGAGCCCGCUACGCCUAGCUUACUCGGCCGCAGCUGCGCACAGUCGCGGCCUGGCCUUCAUGACCCCUUACUCCACGGCGGGGCUAAUGCCCACGCUGGGCUUCCGGCCGCCUAUGGAGUACGCCUUCAGCGACCUCAUGCGGGACAGAUCAGCUGCAGCGGCGGCUGCUGCCGCUGCCGCCGCCGCUGCCGCCAGCGUGCACAAGGAGCAGACGUACCCAAACGGGCUUUACGGGCCCUUGGUGAAUAGCGCCCCAGAGAAACAGUAGGCCGCAAAGCCGAUAGCUGGAUUUUCUAUGUACAUACAUACGCAUAGAGCGAUAGAUAUACAUAUAUAUGAUAUAAACUCGUGCCUGUGCGUACAUCCGAGAGGUGCGCAAGGGCAGCUGAGGCAGCGAAUUCUCGGAAGGCAGCGGGGGAGCGACCAGGUUUAACCGAGGGCUCGAUUCCCCGCCGGCAUCCUCAGAUUACGAAACGCGUCAGUUAGAAGUAAGUUCCCCGGAAAACGAAGCAGCUGAGUAGUCCGAGUUGGAGCUGAGGCAGCGGCGGGGGAGGGAGGGUGGGUGUGUGUGUGUGUGUGUGUGUGUGUGUGUGUGCGCGCGCGCGCGCGCGCUACGGCACUUUUCGCGGAGCAAGCGAGAAGGAGAAGGCGCAGUCCCGCCGGCAGCCGAGUGAACGGGACAUAUUGCUAGUGAUUUAGGGCGAGGCGGAAUUUUGCAAAACAUUAUAUAACCCGAAACGUGUAACGUGUCUAUGGGCCGCGCUGUUGCCAAAUUCUUCUGUCGGUUUCUGUAACAAUGGGAAAUCACCUGAUUCCCCCCCAGCCUUGGUUUCGCCCGAUUUUAGGUGACCUGGGUUUCAUUUCACUCUAUUUGUUGCAACCACAAGUGGUCAAAUGUAUGGAACUUGGCGAACCUCUAAAUGUGUUGAUUAAGCAAAACGAGUAAAUGCGUUUUUACUGUUAAAGUUGUCCCUCAUUAUUAUAUUUUGCAUAUAGCUGUAAACAUGGAUAUUCCCCUCGGGUCGCAUCCAUACUUCUAUCUGUAUCUCUAUACCAGCAAAUGUACAGCAUAAUGUUAAAAAAUGAGAAUUUAAAUUAUUAAUGUAAUUUGUAGCCGACGUUAUUAAUGGUAAACGGAACGUUAGUCAGUUUUCAUUUUGGAAACACGUCAUUCAUAGAGAUUAAACAUAUUGUAAAAAAAAUUAACUCUUCGUUCUGUCUAUUCCCAGGAGAAAUAUAAUGUGUAAAUAAGGUUAAAAAGUAAAUAUAUUUGUAAUUGUCCUUUCCUUUGGACUCGAUCCAAAGGCCGUUGUUGACCAGGAUUUAAUGAAUGAUCUGACUGAAAAUGCUGUCUGGUUUCAGUAAGAAACUUCUUGCCAUUUCAAACAAGGUUUUUCUGAGUUUGUUUUUCCCCUUCUGUUUUCAUUUCAUAGAAAACUAGAAAUAAAUAUUAUUUUGUAUUAAAACCUGU